AUGAAGGUUUUGGUAUGCGGAGGGGCUGGGUACAUUGGGACUCAUUUGGUUCGUGCGCUGCUACGCCGAACUUCUCACUCCGUUGUCAUUCUUGACAGCCUGGUGGCGACGCAUGGACGCUCCAGCCAUGUUGACACAAAGGAAAACUUGAUGCGGAAGCAAAAGUGCGGCUAUGAGCAUGUGAAUCCAGAACGCCACGCUGUACUGGAGGUGGGAGAUGUACGAGAUGAGACAUUUUUGAAUGAUGUUUUUGCGCGGCAUGCCCCUAUCGAUGCUGUUGUUCAUAUGUGUGGUUAUAUUGUUGUUCCGGAAAGCGUGCGAGAUCCUUUGCAUUAUUACAACAAUAAUGUAUUUGGGAUUAUCCGCUUAUUAGAGGCCAUGCGUGCACACCACUGCGACAAGAUCAUCUUCUCCAGUACAGCGGCAUUGUUCGGGAACCCUGCGAAGCAUGCAGCUGGGGAUGGCGCACAGGUAAGCAUGGAACCUAUUUAUCCCGAUGCCAAGAAAUCCCCGGAAAGCCCCUAUGGCGAGACAAAACUAGUUUCGGAGUGGCUUUUAAAGGACUGCGCCUUUGCCUACGGCAUCAAAAGUGUUUGCCUGCGGUACUUCAACGCUUGUGGGGCAGACGAAGACGGAGACAUUGGUGAAGAUCAUAAGCCUGAGACACAUCUCAUUCCACUUGUUCUGCGCGUGCCACUUGCGGCGGAGAUUAACAAGCGUGACAGGCAACUGCAACAACCUCUUGUUCAAGAAUUUGUUUCGAUCUUUGGCACAGACUACCCCACACCUGAUGGAACCUGUGUGCGUGACUACAUUCACGUGAAUGACUUGUCGUUGGCUCACAUUCUCGCACUAGAUUACUUGGCGAAGCUCAAUGCAGAGGACAAAUCCAAGUUUUUCUCAGCAUUUAAUCUUGGGACUUCACGUGGAUACUCCGUGCGGGAGGUCAUUGAUGCAGCGCGUCGCGUAACGGGUCAUCCUAUACCUGUAAAGGAAUCUCCACGCCGUGAGGGUGAUCCACCGGUGCUGGUGGCAUCUGGUGAAGAGGCAAAGAAGGCGCUUGGGUGGGAGUUGGAGUAUGACAACAUUGAAAAAAUUAUUGCUUCCGCGUGGAAGUUUCACCAGGCUCAUCCCUUUGGCUAUUCCUCUUAG